AUGAAACAUCUGGACUAUGAAGAGCAUGGGGCAGAGUAUGAUAUGGAUAGUAGUAUGUUUUUUGAACCAGACUUUAUUACUGAAUUAGAAAAUACCCCAAUCAAUAUUUCCGAUGAUAAUAAUAAUUGGGACUACUAUGGUAAUAAGUUUGAAGCUAAUAAAGAAGAUGAUAAUACUAAGGCAAAUUUGGAAUCUUAUACUAAUAAGAACUGUAUAACACCAAAACCAUUUUUAAGAAAAGGUCAGGGGAAAUCAUUAGUAAUUAGUAAUACAAGAAAGAAGAAUGAAAAAAUUAGUAAUAAUUCAAUUGCGAGAGAAAUUAAGCAGCCUGAAUUAAAGGGGAGCAUUGAUGAACAUAUUGUAAGUAAUACUAUAAAUAAAUCUUCACAACUUGGGAAAAAUACAAUAGGAGAUAGUAAGAUAACAUUAGAUGAUAUGAUUCAUGAAAAACUUAGUGUUUUAGAUAAGCAAAUGGAGCGUGUCCAUCAAGCUCAUCAAGACUUGAUAAACAAGAAGAAAGAUGUUGAGAAGGAACAAAAACAAUUAGUUGUUCUUAGACAAAAUUUGGAGAAUAAAUUUAAUAAAAAAUAUGAAAAAAUAACUAAAGAAUUUGAAGAUGAAAAAAAAAGAAUGGAAGAUGAAAAGAUGAAAAUGGUUAGGGAAAAAAUAAAGAAUAAUGAGCUAAUAACAAGGCUAAAGAUGGAAAUUAAAAGAAAGGAUAUUGAAAUUCAGCGUCUACUUAAAGAGAUAAGAAAUAAAGAAAAAAGUAAUACAAUUAAUAGUAUUAACCAACUAAAGAAAUCAAAAUUAAAUACUACGAAGCCAAUAAAGACAUCCAGUGAAAAUAAUGAGCAUUCUGAUUAUUUAUCUAACCAAGAGAUCUUGGGGAAAGAAGGACCCUAUUCCAAGAUAGAUGAAUUAAAAGUUAAGGAAAAAAACUUUCAAUCAUAUGAAAAUUCAUAUACGGCUAAUGCAUAUUCAUUACAGGGUCGAGAUCAGAUUAUACAGAGUAUCCUUGAAUCUCAUGACUUUGAAAAAGAUUUAGAUGAACUUUAUGGACUUCUAAGUUCUAUAUUUUUACUUGAUAGCUCGAAUUCAUUGAAUUCAUUACCACCAUUACCUAUAAAUAAUGAUAUUCCAUGGUGUAAUAUUGAAACACCUUACGAAAUAGAUACACAAAAUGACAUGCAAGCAAUAAUAUUUUAUUAUCCAAGCGGACUUAUAGAAAUUGCAUAUACAGGUGAUAAUAAUCCCUCAAAAUGUCCAAAGAACACAAGGAGACUUAUUUGGAAACGAUUAAACUGGUGUAUUUUAGUAUACCCAAAUGGAGAUAUAAAAGGGGUGAAACCUGACAAAGAUGUAAUCUACCAUUAUAUAAAGAAAAAUAUCGUUCAGUGUACUACUACUAUUGAUCACUCAUCUUAUGAGAAACUAAUUUUACAACUCAACAAAUUUUAUUUGCUUAAACAACGUCAAUGUAUAGAUCUUUCUACUGGAACGAUGUAUAUUCAAAAUUUUGACGGCAGUACACAAAUUAUAAGAAAUUAUGAGGAUCUAAAAAAAUAA